AUGCGCGCGGCGAUGACGUCGCCGCCACCGCGCGUCGCGACGGGAGCGAGCGCGUCUCCUCGCGCGGCGGCGCCCCGCGCGUCGGCGGCGUCGACGACGCGCGGCGGCGUCCGGGCGGCGUCCGGGUCCGACGACGCGUCCGACGACCCCGCGUCGCGCGUCCUCGGCUGGCUCGCGAGGGCCACGGACGACGCGUCGCUCGAGGGCAAGGUGGCGCUCAGAGACCUCGGCGACGGCCGCGGGCGCGGCCUCGUCGCGCUGCGGAACCUCGCCCCGGACGAGGUCGUGUUCUCGCUCCCGUGGGACCUCGUCUUCGCGGAGGAGGAGGAGGAGGAUCCGGAGGAUCCGGAGGAUCCGGCUCGUCGCGCGACGCGCGUCGUCGACCCGGACGACCCCUCCGCCGAGCACGAAGACAGCGCCCCGAUGCCGUGGUCCGCGCGCAUGGCGAUGCGCCUCCUCGAAGAGCGCGCGCGCGGCGACGACUCGCCCCUCGCGCCGUGGAUCGCCGCGCUGCCGUCGCGCGUGUCGACGCCGCCGCUGGAGUACGACGCGGAGGAUGUCGCGGAGGCGGAGGACGCCGCGAUCGACGCGGAGGUCGCCGCCGUGGCGUUCGCGCACGCGGACGCGUGCCUCGAGCUCGAGGACCGCCUCCGCGCGAUCGGCUGCGACGCGGACGACCUGCGGUGGGCGACCGGGGUGCUGCACUCGCGGUGUUUCACGUACGGCGCGAGGGGGCGGCAUCUCCUCGCGCCGGGCGUGGACAUGUGCAAUCACGACGCAGAGGCGAAAAACGCCGUCGCGCGCGUCGUGCACUCCCCGGAGACGUGCCAGGGCGCGGUCGCGACGUCGGAGAUCGCGCCGACGACGGAGGAGAAUACAUUAAUCAACAGGACCCCGGCGGGCGCGUCGGAGUCGUUCUUUCAGCUGCGCGCGGGCGAGGACGGCGUCGAGGAGGGCGCCGAGGUGCUCAUCUCCUACGGCGACUGGCCCAACGACCCGUUCUUUCUGUACUUCGGGUUCGUCCCCGCGGGGAACAGGCACGACGCCGUCGUGCUGUUCGACACCGUGGACGCGCUCGCGUCGUGCGCGGUGAGGCUGGGGUUGAUCGAGCCGGGCGAGGCGAGCGCGACGGGGAUUCGAAAGGCGAGCGAGGCGGUCGCGAUAGGGAAGAGCGGAGACGCCUCCUCGGCCGCGAAAACCGGGUCGGACCGCGGGCUCGUGCUCACGCGAGAGGGCGUCGACGGCGGCGUCAUCGCCGCGUGCGACGUCCUCGGCGUGGAGAGCUGGGUGGAUCUCGUCGAGGGACGGUGCCUGGAGCUCCUGCGCGCGUACAGGACGACGCUGAAGGAGGACCGAGCGUUGUUGGACGCCGCGACGGCGGAGGGGCGACUCGACGCGGCGACGGCGAUCGCGUACAGAGCGAGCAAGAAGGAGGUGCUCUUGGGGCCGGUCGCCGCGGGCAGGGCGCGCCGCGCGGCGGAGGAAGCCGCGCGCCAGACGGCGUGAAGAACACGCCGUGCGUGCGGUAUUAUUAAUAGCGUGUUCAUAGUAUUACAUCAUCCGUGGUCCUAUCCGGAU